AACAUCUUGAAAGGCCAUUUGGACAGGAAGUUGGGGCAGAUCAGUGAGUGUGUGCCUGUGAAUGUGGACCAAUCCUGUCUUGCUAUAAACCACGCUCUUCCUAAGUCCAACACUGACAUGGAAAUCAGAAAUCUAGGCAUCUUGAAUGGUUGGGGACCAUAUGUGAACACCUCCCACAGGGUUUCCUUCCUCAAUCCGGACAUUCAAGAAGUGCUGGAAGCACAUAUUAUAAGGUUUUGGGUGAGGCACAGGUGGGGUCUACCCCUCAAGGUCCUCAAACUCAUAAAUCUCUUUAAGUUGAAAAAAGUUCAACCCUUGCCCAUUUUGCAGUUUGCCUCUACCGCCUCAGCCACCUGUGUGUCUGGGGCCCCCUCAACAGUCAAGUUUGCUGAAUUCCUGGGAAAACCUCCUCAGGCAUGUCUGGGAAAGAAGGUAAAAACAGAAGAGUCUUUUUCCACCCUGGAAAGGCCUCUCUUUGCUCCUUCAUCUGUGUAUAAGGAAUUCCAGAGGGCGCUGGGAAGGACUCCAUCUGGUGACAAACAGGGGCCCUUAAAAGCCUCUCUGAUUGGACAGGAGGACAGGCCACCUCCUCACUCCCUCACACUCAAUUUCAUGGGCAAAACUCGGCAGAGCGGUUCUGUGGAAUGCAUUGAGAGGAGCAGCCUAGAGUUGAGUCCCAGCUCAGCAAUGGCCAGGAAUAAGCCAAGAGAGGAGAGUGCAGAUUGGGCCUCACAAGACCGCUGCCAUAAGGUAGCAAUGCUGGAGAUGAACUUAGGAUCCCCAUGUUUUAGUGCUGAAAAUGACAAGGAGGCGGUGGAACCAAUGUGGUUGGGAAACAACAUGGGGAGUUUAGAGACCAGUAAAAAACUUUCUAGAAUGUCUGUUUUCCAAGAUCCUGGAGAGUCAUGCCUUAAUGCAGAGGUUGGUGAAUUUAAGUCCAAAAUGAAGACAAAGUCAGAGAACAAGCCUCACAACAGUUCUACACACAUGCUCCUUGCUGCAGACAAUUUGGCUUCUCCGGUGCUGCACUGUCAUCCCCAGAGAGUGCCUACUGGAGACAAGGCAGCUUCCCAGAUGCUAUAUGGCUUCACAGCAGACCAAAGGAGCUGUCUAAGGCAGCAAGAGCCCAUGAUCUCUAAACUUCAGGACUCACGGAAGAGCCAGAGCAAGAUGCCUGUCCCUAUUUAUAAGAGAGAGGACUAUGGGAAGCUCAACUCAGGAAGGAAUGAAGAACAGUUUGAGGAACUGAGGACCUCUCAAGCUGAGUGUAUGAGUCACCCUGUCCCAGUUAGGGGAACAGUAGAUUCUGUUAGGCGCAGAUACAUCCAGCUCCUGCCAGAGAAGAAACAGGGUUCGCCCGAAAGCCUCNUGCCCAAAAGCCUCUUCAGAACAAGGAUGAAGUGCUUUUUUCAAUGGAUUUUCCCCAAUAAAAAAGUCCAAGGUCAGAAUGUUGUGCAAAAAUGUAAACCUAUAAUAGCCUCUGCCCAGAGCCAAGGACCAGUAAAAAGCAGAUCAAUUAUGGCCAGUGAGACUCCUGAGGCUCAGGCACUCAUGACAACUGUUGGACAGAUUCUAGAGGAGAAAAUGGCAAUUCACCAUAGGCUUCACGCCACAAAGUUAAACGAGCAUAAACAGGAACUCCAAGCACCAGUACAUGGGUGUUUCUGUCACCACAGACUUCCCUUCUACCCAGAGCAAGGGAGAAUAAUGAGUUAUACAGCCCACAGUCACCAAGCCACCUCCAAGGACCAGAGUAGCUCUACCAGGGAAAAGCAGGUCAGACAUCCACAGUCCUUGAAAAGUGUAAGAUUCAAGGGUGAGCAGCUGGGCCUGAAGCAUCUCCCAUCCCCUCCUCCCAAGAAGACAUUUUCUCCAGUCGGUCCCUGCCAGUAUGGGCCAAGGAUACCAGGUGUCCCAGGCCACCAUCGACACUGCCCACGGCACUGUCUUCUUCAGGGAGGGAUCUUGUCUCAUCAACCAUAAAAUGCUUCUUUAGUCUUUCCUAGUAAGAAAACAUGUCUCCAAGAAAAAAAUUAGUCCAUGUGGAGAAAACUUUUUCUCUUUAACACACCCAAAUACUUAAUAUUCCCCAAUAAAUAUGUUUUCCCCCCAUAA